AUGUUACAGGGUGUUAAAGGAAGAAGUGGUAGUGGUCCUGGUGGUAUUUUUGGUUUUGGACAAUCAACAGCUAAAAUAAUUAAAGAAGAUAUUGGUGUUAAGUUCAGAGAUGUAGCUGGUUGUGAAGAAGCAAAGUUAGAAAUUAUGGAAUUUGUUAAUUUCUUGAAAAAUCCACAGCAAUAUAUAGAUUUGGGAGCCAAAAUUCCAAAAGGGGCUAUGUUGACUGGCCCUCCAGGCACGGGAAAAACUAUGCUAGCCAAAGCAACAGCAGGUGAAGCUAAUGUACCUUUUAUAACAGUUUCUGGUUCUGAGUUUUUGGAGAUGUUUGUUGGUGUUGGUCCUUCCAGAGUAAGAGAUAUGUUUUCUACAGCCAGAAAGAAUGCACCAUGUAUUUUAUUCAUUGAUGAAAUAGAUGCUGUAGGUAGAAAGAGAGGGGGGAGAAGUUUUGGGGGUCAGAGUGAACAAGAGAAUACUUUAAAUCAACUUUUAGUUGAGAUGGAUGGUUUUAACACACAAAGUGGUGUAGUUGUUUUAGCUGCCACAAAUAGAGUCGAUAUACUGGAUCCUGCUUUAUUACGGCCUGGUCGCUUUGACAGACAAAUUUAUGUACCUGCUCCUGACAUAAAAGGAAGAGCAUCUAUAUUUAAUGUACAUUUGAAACCUUUGAAAACAGAAGUAAACAAGGAAAAUUUAGCUAAAAAGAUGGCUGCCUUGACUCCAGGUUUUUCAGGUGCUGAUAUUGCAAAUGUAUGUAAUGAAGCUGCCUUGAUUGCUGCUAGAGAUCUGAAUACAUCCAUAGGUCAUGUACAUUUUGAACAAGCUAUAGAGAGAGUAGUUGCUGGAUUGGAAAAAAAGACGCAAGUUUUACAACCGGAAGAGAAGAAAACAGUAGCUUAUCAUGAAGCUGGUCAUGCGGUAGCUGGUUGGUUUCUGCAACAUGCUGAUCCUUUAUUAAAGGUUUCUAUUAUACCAAGAGGAAAAGGUUUAGGAUAUGCACAAUAUUUACCGAAAGAGCAGUUUUUAUACACCAAAGAACAGCUACUAGACAGAAUGUGUAUGGCAUUAGGCGGAAGAGUAUCAGAAGAAAUAUUUUUUGGUAAAAUCACAACUGGCGCACAGGAUGACUUGAGGAAAGUUACACAAAGUGCAUAUGCUCAGGUUGUACAUUUUGGUAUGAAUGAACGAGUUGGAAAUCUCUCUUUUGAAAUGCCACAAUCAGGAGAAAUGGUGUUUGAUAAACCUUACAGUGAGCAAACAGCACAACUUAUAGAUGAAGAAGUUCGGCUUAUGGUAAAAGAUGCUUAUAUUAGAACACUGGAUCUGCUUACCACACAUAAAUCAGAGGUAGAAAAGGUAGCAAUAAGAUUAUUAGAAAAAGAAAAAUUAGAUAAAGAAGACAUGUUACAAUUAUUAGGUAGCAGACCAUAUGCAGAAAAAUCGACAUAUGAAGAAUUUGUUGAAGGAACAGGUUCUAUUGACGAAGAUACUACACUCCCCAAGGGCUUAGAAAGUUGGAAUAAGGUUAAAGAGAAUGAACAGAAUGAGAAAGCUGUCACAUAAUGGGAUUUAGGCAAUAAGAUGGAGUGGGAAAUAGUUAGAAGUGUAAAUCAAUAACCAAACUACUUAAUGCUAUAUACAUAUUUCAAGAGUAAUAUAUCUAUCUGUGUGAAUUUUUUGUCCCCCGCCUUUCGAAGAAAGCAAUGGGACUAUUAAAAUGGGUAUGUCUGUCUGUGUCUGUCUUUCUGUCACACUUUUUGGGACACAAUAACUCUCCUUCUAAUUGAGCUAGAAUGUUCAAAGUUGGUUUAGGUGUUUUUUUUAGGGAAUGCCUUGAUGGAGUUUGAUCAUGCGCAUUUUCCACUAAGGCUAAGCAGAGAUAAGCAAUUUGAUUGGUUGAGACUUUGGAACACGAUAACUUUGGUUCUAAUUGGGGGAGAGCGAAAAAUCUCCUGAGUAUUGACUAUGUCGUUGAGAAUUUUCUGCUUAUGCUAAGUAGUGAAAAGCAAUUUGAUUGGUUAAGACUUUGGAACAUAACAAUUCUGCUUUUAAUUGAGAUAGAAUGUUUUUAACUUGAUGUAGAUGUUCAUUAGGUGAAUGCUUUGACUGAAUGUUCAAUGAGUAACAUUACCGCCUAAAGCUAAGCAGGGCCUAAGUAAUUUCAUUGGUCGAUACUUUGAGACAAGAUAACUUUGAUUCUAAGUGAUGAAACUUAGUGUGUAGUGUCACUACCAGGUACUUCAAAACAUUGACUGAGUCUGAUUGUGAACAUUUUAUGCUUAGACUAAGUAUAGAUAAUUAGUUUGACUGCUCGAUACAUUUGAAAAUGAUAAAUGUGCAAUUAAUUUGUAUGUGCCAUCUAUUUAUUUUGGGAUUUCGGCGGGGGACUUCAGCCUCAUUUGUUGUCCCCCGCCUUUCGAAGAAAGCAGGGGACUAUUAAAAUGGGUUCGUCCGUCUGUCUGUCUGUCUGUCUGUCUGUCUGUCUGUCUGUCUGUCUGUCUGUCUGUCUGUCUGUCUGUCUGUCCGUCCGUCCGUCCGUCCGUCCGUCCGUCCGUCCGUCCGUCCGCCCGCCCGCCCGCCCGUCCGUCCGUCCGUCCGUCUGUCCGUCUGUCCGUCUGUCUGUCCGUCACACUUUUUGGGACACAAUAACUCUCUUCCUAAUUGAGCUAGAAUGUUCAAACUUGGUGUAUGUGUUUAUUAGGUCAAUGCCUUGAUGGAGUUCGAAGAUGAGCAUUUUCCGCUUAGGGUAAGCAGAGAUAAGCAAUUUGAUUGGUUGAUGCUUUGGGACACGAUAACUCUCUUCCUAAUUGGGCUAGAAUGUUCAAACUUGGUGUAUGUGUUUAUUAGGUCAAUGCCUUGAUGGAGUUCGAAGAUGAGCAUUUUCCGCUUAGGGUAAGCAGAGAUAAGCAAUUUGAUUGGUUGAAGCUUUGGGACACGAUAACUUUUAAUUGAGCUAGAAUGUUCAAACUUGGUGUAUGUGUUUAUUAGGUCAAUGCCUUGAUGGAGUUCGAAGAUGAGCAUUUUCUGCUUAGGGUAAGCAGAGAUAAGCAAUUUGAUUGGUUGAUACUUUGGGGCACGAUAACUCUCUUCCUAAUUGAGCUAGAAUGUUCAAACUUGGUGUAUGUGUUGAUUAGGUCAAUGCCUUGAUGGAGUUCGAAGAUGAGCAUUUUCCGCUUAGGGUAAGCAGAGAUAAGCAAUUUGAUUGGUUGAUGCUUUGGGACCUGAUAACUUUAGUUCUAAUUAAAAGGGAGAGUGAGGACACUUGGUGUAUAGCUUUAUUAUAUCAAUACCUUGACUAAGUCUCGAUAAUGAGCAUUUUCUGCUUAGGGUAAGCAGAGCGAUAAGCAAUUUGAUUGGCCGAGACUUUGGAACACAUUAACUCCUUUUCUAAUUGAGCUAGAAUGUUCAAACUUGGUGUAGGUGUUUAUUAGGUUAAUGUCUUGAUUGAGUUCGAAGAUGAGCAUUUUGUGCUUAGGUUAAGCAGAGAUAAGCAAUUUGAUUGGUCGAGACUUUAGAACACAAUAACUCUCAUUCUAGUUGAGUUAGAAUGUUCACACUUGGCAUAGGUGGCUAUUAGGUGAAUGCCUUGAUGGAGUGUGAAGAUGAGAAUUUUUUGCUUAGAGUAAGCAGGGAUAAGCAAUUUGAUUGGUUGAUGCUUUGGGACACGAUAACUUUAGAUCUAAUUAAGUGAGAGUGAGGACACUUGGUGUAUAGCUUUAUUAUAUCAUUACCUUGACUAAGUUUGAUAAUGAGUAUUUUCUGCUGUCAUGUCAUGGCUGAGUUCAAUUAUUAACAUUGGUCGAUGCUUUGGGACAAGAUAACUUUGAUUCUAUCUGAUAGAGAGUGCUGAAACUUAGUGUAUAAUUUGAUUGCUCGAUACUUUUGAAAAAAAUAAAUGUGCGAUUAAUUAAUGUGUCAUCUAUUUAUUUUGGGAUUUCGGCGGGGGACAUCAGCCUCACUGUUGGCUUGUUUUUACCUAAUUUAGUCGUAGCAUUAAAAUAUGCCACAGUUGGUGAUGUCAUGAACUUUGCAGCAGGACAGAAUGACAUAUAUGUCCUGAAAACUAAACGGUUCGUAUAUUGGUGUUUGUAUUUGGACAUAAACUGUAACACUUGUUCAAGCUGUUAUUCCUUAGAAUGUUUUCAGAUUUAGUGCUUUGAAGUUAUCCGUUUACAUCUAGGGACAUUGGGUUUACCUCUGAAGUAAAUAUUACUAUUUUUAUACGCCCACAUAGAAAUGUGGACAUAUAUUGCCGUCGCCCCUGUCUGUCCGUCGGUCCGUCCAUCGUCCACAAUUUCUUGUGAACGCUCUAACGCCAAAAGUUAUCAUCGAAUUGUUUUAAAAUUGAUAUAUGUUGUUUACAUUAGUGAAAUGAAGAAGCCUAUUUAAUUUCAAUAAUUUUUGUUUAUAACAUCUAGAGUUAUGGCCCUUGUUUCACUUUGUUGAACCUUGUUAACGCUCUAUAGCCAAAAAUUAACAUCCGAUCUUUGUGAAAUUUAUAUGCAAUAUUUAAAUUAGGGAAACAAAGAAGCCUAUUAAAUUUCAGCUAUUUCCGUUUAUUACUUCUAGAGUUAUGGCCCUUGUUUCACUUUGUUGAACCUUGUGGACGCUCUAAUGGCAAAAGUUAACAUCCGAUCUUUCUGAAAUUUAUAUGCAUUAUUUAAAUUAGUGAAACGAAGAAGCUUAAUGAAUUUCAACAAUUUCUAUUUAUUAUGUCUAGAGUUAUGGCCCUUGUUUCACUUUAUUGAACAUUGUGAACGCUCUAAUACCCAAAGUUAUCACCCAAUCUUUGUGAAAUUUAUAUGCAUGAUUUAAAUUAAUGAAACGAAGAAGUCUAUUGAAUUUCAGCUAUUUCCGUUUAUUACUUCUAGAGUUAUUGCCCUUGUUUCACUUUGUUCAACCUUGUUAAUGCUCAAUUGAUGAAAGUUAUCAUCCGAAAUGUAUGAAAUUAAAUUAGUAAGGAGAAGAAUCCUAUUGAAUUUCAGCAAUUUCCAUUUAUUACUUCUAGAGUUAUUGCCCUUGUUUCACUUUGUUCAACCUUGUUAAUGCUCAAUUGAUGAAAGUUAUCAUCCGAAAUGUAUGAAAUUAAUAUGCAACAAUUUCUGUAGAUUACUUCCAGAGCUGAGACCCUUGUUUCAAUUUGUAGAACCUUGUGAUCCCUCAAACGGCAAAAAUUAUAAUCUGAUCUGUAUGGAACUGUCUUGUAAAGGCCCCCAAUUACCUACAAAGGAAUAAAGAUGUGACAACCCUUGUCAACUGCUCGGACGAUUUAGCUGCUGUGGGCGUAUGUUUCAUUGCCUGGCAACUUAUCUUAUUGUAUGUUAGAAUAAGAAUAUUUGGCAUUGAGUUAAGUUCUAAUGUGUUUCUUUAAUAUGGAAAUAAUAUUAACCCAAACUAACGUAAAAGCAUUUCAUGCAGCCUUAAAAGUUGUUUGACCCUGUAAUUUAACCUUAAAUAUAGAUAUUAUGUGGUUUUCCUUCAACUUAUUUAUUACUGCUUGCCAUAGUAGAAUCUUGUGGACAACCGUGCUUCUUGUAACACUAUUUUAUUUAUUUACAUCGGGAAGAGGAGCAUAAAUACACAUGCACAUAGUCAAACAUCAACAAGGUACAUUAGUAUUGUAUAUGACUAUAUUUUAACCAUUCCGCCCUUCUGCCUCGGCAGCGGCUGAACUUGGAUUAACCCAUUCGCCGGUCUCUGCUCCUCUUUUCUCCUCCCCGCUUGUCUCUAUUUCUCUGUCAGUAAACUGGUGGUUAUAUACCUUUCAUCUGGGUCUACUCUCACAAGAUCAUUACUAUAUAUGACAUUUACAAGUUAUCUUAAUUUCGCUGACUGAUAUAAAUAUAGAUAUAUAUGUGUAAUUGAUAGUCUUUAAUUAGUGCGUACGUUUGUAGAACAAAGUGUAUAGUUGAAAAGCCAAUAUCAUCUAUUAUCAAAACCAGCUAGCGUCAAUAAAUUCACUGCAUCUAAA